UCAUGCUGCUGCCAGGUCCACAGUGUCUCAUGGGUCCCUAUAACGGCCUCCCAUUGCUGCUGUCUCCAUCGCCACACUCUGCCAUGUGCCACUUUCAGGUCUCCUCACACUGCUGGUUGGGUUCCAUUUUGUCAUAGGGUGCUGGCAGAUUAUGGGCCUCCCAUUGCUGCUGCCAGGCCUUAAUCUGCCAUGGGCCCCUGUACCGCCUCCUCAUGCUGCUGCCAGGUCCACAGUGUCUCAUGGGUCCCUGUACCGCCUCCCAUUGCUGCUGUCUCCAUCGCCACACUCUGCCAUGUGCCACUUUCAGGUCUCCUCACACUGCUGGUGUGUUCCAUUUUUUGUC